UGCUCGCCUAACACAAAGUAAUCCUGCAUCACACGUGCUUCCACUCCAACUUUCAAUAAUUCAACAUUUAAAAUUCCUCUUUUGUUGACAGCUGAGAGCAGAGAAAGGGAGUCAUAAUUAUCAAAACAUGCAGCCGGGUAUCAUUUUAUUAAAAGAAGGGACAGAUACCUCCCAAGGAAAGCCGCAACUGAUCAGUAAUAUAAAUGCAUGUCAAUAUGUGGCAGACGCGGUACGGACAACACUUGGUCCAAGGGGAAUGGACAAACUGAUUGUUGACAGCGCAGGCAAAGCAACUAUUUCAAAUGAUGGAGCGACCAUUAUCAACUUAUUGGAUGUUGUACACCCAGCAGCAAAAACUUUAGUUGACAUCGCCAAAUCCCAAGAUGCCGAGGUCGGCGAUGGGACCACCAGUGUUACCUUAUUGGCAAGCGAGUUUCUCAGAAUGGCUAAACCUUUUGUUGAGGAAGGUGUACAUCCACAGGUUAUCAUAAAAAGUUACAGAAAGGCUGCCAAUCUUGCAAUAAAGAAGAUCAGGGAUAUAGCUGUCCAAAUAAAGAAAGAUGAUCCAAUAGAUGAGAAGCUUAUUGAAAAAUGUGCUGCAACAGCCAUGAGUUCAAAGCUUAUAGCUAAUCAAAAAGAGUUUUUCUCCAAAAUGGUUGUUGAUGCUGUGAUGCUGUUAGAUGAAUUACUCCCAUUGAACAUGAUUGGAAUGAAAAAAGUCUCUGGUGGGCCCUUGCAGGACACGCAACUUGUUGCUGGUGUUGCCUUCAAGAAGUCAUUUUCGUAUGCAGGCUUUGAAAUGCAACCAAAGAAAUACGUCAAUCCCAAAAUUGCUCUCCUUAACAUUGAACUGGAACUUAAGUCUGAGAAAGAAAACGCUGAAGUUAGAGUCAACACUGUGGAGGAUUAUCAGCAAGUUGUUGAUGCCGAAUGGGAUAUAUUGUAUGACAAACUGGAGAAACUCGUGAAAAGUGGUGCUCAAGUUAUUUUAUCUAAACUACCAAUUGGUGACGUAGCCACGCAGUAUUUUGCUGACAGAGACAUGUUUUGUGCCGGUCGUGUGGCUGAAGAAGAUUUGAAAAGAACAAUGAAAGCUUGUGGGGGGUCCAUACAGACCUCGGCAAAUAGCUUGACUUCUGAUGUUCUUGGAACUUGUGAGCUGUUUGAAGAAGUUCAAGUUGGCGGUGAAAGAUACAACAUGUUCAAAGGUUGCCCCGAGGCACGAACAUGUACGAUCAUCAUGCGAGGGGGAGCCGAGCAGUUUAUGGAUGAAACCGAACGAUCUCUGCACGACGCCAUCAUGAUCGUUAGACGCGCAAUUAAAAAUGAUGCCAUAGUUGCUGGCGGUGGGGCGAUCGAACUGGAAUUGAGCAGAUAUCUUCGCGAACAUUCGCGUAGCAUUGCUGGCAAGGAGCAACUGUUGAUUGCUGCAAUGGCGAAGGCUCUGGAAAUUAUCCCAAGACAACUUUGUGACAACGCUGGCUUUGAUGCUACCAACAUAUUGAACAAAUUACGUCAAAAACAUGCUCAAGGUGCUAUGUGGUAUGGUGUCGAUAUCACACGUGAAGAUAUUGCGGAUAACUACGAGGCGUGUGUUUGGGAGCCCGCGAUAGUGCGUAUCAACGCUCUUACAGCGGCAACCGAGGCAGCAUGUCUGAUCCUGUCUAUUGAUGAAACAGUAAGAAAUCCAAAGGCCAACAAAGAUGAUCCUUCGGCUUUACCAGGACAGGGAAGGCGAUUCUGAUCAUCUCUAAAACGAUGUGGAAUACAGAUUGUGUUUGCUGUCGAAGAAAGUUUAUGAAACUCAUUGAAGACUUGGAGUAUGACUAAACAAGGCAAAGUUAAGUACAUGAACAAUUUCCUUACUGCAGAACCUAGAUGAAAUUUGGUUAAUUUUAAUCAAAUUUCUCUGUGGAGUAUCAUGUCGUGGUGGAAAUCGUGUGAACUACUUUGGUUCUUUAAAGUUUGUCUCCUGUUAAUGAUUAAAGUCAAUUUUCCAUCUA